AUGCCGGGCCCGAUGACGAAACCGCCGCGGGAGGCAUCGCCGCGACACGAGCCGUCACCCGCGCGUCGGACGCCCCCCAACCCGUGGCUCAGAGCGCUCCGCAGCGUCGUCACCGUCGCCGCCCUCGCGGCGUGGGCGUGGCUGCUCUUCCUCCGCCACCGGCACCGCGCCCUGCGCCAAGACGCGUCCGCGGCCAUCCCGAACCAGGUGCACCUGGUCAAGAUGGUCCAGGACCCAGCUUCCCGCGCCGACUUCGCCUUCUGCUUCACCGACUUCCUGGCCGCCUACGCGGCGUGGCACCACUGGCGCCCGCGCGCCAUGUACCUGCACACCAACGCGGGCGAGGCCGCCGUGCGCGACGCCCGCGCCGGCCUCUCCGGCCGAUGGACCGAGCGGCUGCUACGCAUCCCCGGGCUGGCGGUCGUCGCUGCCGACGCCGACGCCGCCGCCGACCGCGUGGCCGUCGAGGCGGUCCGCGCCGCGGGCGGCAUCGCCCUGGCCUUUGACGUGUUCGCCCUGCAGGACGUCGGGGGCUACCGACGCGGCCGGCACGAGUUUGUCUCGUACCGCCUGGGGGAGGGCGGGGCCGCCGGGCACGACUUCUUCAUGGCGGCGCGGGGGUCCGGCGUCGUGGAGGCGUGGGCCGAGCGGCUGCGCAGGCGUCCCGGCGGCGAGGGCGCGUCGUCGCCGAGCGAGCUGAUCCUGCGGGAGGGGUCGGCGAGGACGGCGGGCGCCGCGGCGCAGGGCGUGCGGCUCAUGGACGCCGACGAGUUCGUGUCGGACAAGCGCGACGGCAGCGUCACGGGGCGGCUGCUGGAGACGGCGCGCGGGGGGCCGCACGAGGAGAAGUGGACGGGCGAGCGGUGGGAGUUCCUGACGCCGCGGCAUCUGCUGGGGCGGCGGAGCGUCUUUGCGCGCGCCAUGUAUCCGGUCGUGCGGGAGCUGGUGGACGCGGGCGUGGUGGAUGCAGAUGAAGAUGAGAUUCGAUGA